CCAGCCCCGCGCCGCCGCAGGCCCGCCCGGGUGUGUGUGCGGGGUCCCGCGGGGUGCGCGGGGCCGCGGCUGCCCCGUCACAGGACGGCGGCGAGCGAGCGCUUCGCGGCGGAGGCGUUGUGGGCCCCGCCGCGGCCCGUAGGCCGCCUCUGACCCGGAAGCGGACGGUGGGGCGCAGGGACAUUUAAACGGCGCGGAGCGGCGGGGGGAGCGGAGCGGUGCGGUCGUUUGGGCCUUUUACUGCUCUAUGGAUCAGCUGGGGUGUGUGAGGAGUACUGCUCCUGCCCAAGGUGCCAAGGAGGGACUGAACAAGCCAGCUGCUCCCCAGAAGAACGCGUACGCCAGGCUGCUGCAGAAGCACCACAGCGGCCGGUUCCGCUCCUAUCUCAAUCACAUUGCACAGAAGAUGCAGCUGGAGGAGGUCACCUCCAGUGACCCCAGCUUGGAUCUGGAUCCGCCCCUGAGGAGAGGCCUGGGGAAGGAUCACCCAGCCAGGAAUGGGCUGAAUGUGCACAGCUAUUCACCAGUCAGAACAUCUCACCUGGAGCAGCCCGUGCCUGGAGGAUCUGAGAGUGAUAAACCCCAAACCACUCCAAACAGAUGUCCUCAUAAGAGAAAUGCCACCUUUAGCCCAGAAGGAGACUUGGGGGUGGAGGAAGGCUAUUAUGGGCAUCAACGUGGAGCUGCAGCUGAGGUAAACAUGAGUGAUGGCCUGAGUGGGAGAGCGUCGAACAGCCUGAGACACCGUGCAGCUCUGCAGAAGUCUUCUGGCUCAGAGGAAAAGGACGAGGAGGACACAUGGAGGAAGAAACACAAGAGACGAGGCAGAUGUCCUGCCAGUGCAGAUACAGCAGCUGGACACUUGUUGACUGAGCAGUUUAGUGAGGAUAUACUGGCAAUAAGUGCCAGGAAACACAGUCACUUGUCUCCAGGCCAAGUCCAAGGUGCAGAAAAGAGAGGGUUUGCAAGGACCAGAAACAACUCUGAAUCUGCAAGAACUCCCCAGAACUUCGAUAGGAAGAGGCAACUCUCUGAAUCACAGACAGAAACAAUGAACAAUUCAGACAGCAGAAUAAAUCCUAGACAACUGGGAACUCCCAGAGGACGAUCCCAUGCUGCUGUCCCAACACCAGGUGAUAAAAAGAAUCUAAAUAAACCCACUCGAGGGAGGAAGAGGAGUAUAUUUGAAGCCUACAUGUCAAAAGAAGAUGUUUCAGCAGGACUGAAAAGGGGAGAACUAAUUCAGGGGCCCUUGAGAAUAAAUCCUAAGAAGUACCAUGAAGCCUUCAUUCCGUCUCCAGAUGGAUCUCGUGAUAUCUUCAUUGAUGGAGUGGUUGCUCGCAACAGAGCCCUGAAUGGUGACAUCGUGGUAGUGAAACUGCUUCCAAAGGAGCAAUGGAAGAUAAUAAAGCCAGAUGGUAGUGACAAAGAAACAGAAGCCACGCAUGAAUCAGAUGUCCCUGAGGAUAUGUUGGGGUCCUGCAUUCCUCAAGAGACAACGAAAGGUGAUGCUAAAAGUCCAGAUGUCAUUAUAGAAGCUCACUUGGACGAUAAUGAUGCAGAGCAUGUACAAGACCACUUGCAGGAUGUGUUGUCUGAUGACAUUAAGAAACUUUCCCUGGAUGCUGGAGAAAAGGUGAAGGCUGUUGGGAUCGGUGGUGUGCACAGAACAAAGCAAGAUGAUGGAUCCAAGGUGAACGAUCCCAGGCUCCUUCCAGAGAAGUGUCUUCAAAGGACAGCCAAGGUGGUCUAUGUUUUGGAAAAGAAACAUUCCCGAGCAGCUACAGGCUUCAUCAAGCUUCUGGCAGACAAGAACAGUGAACUCUUCAAGAGGUGUGCCAUGUUCUCACCUGUGGACCACAGAGUGCCCAGGGCCUAUGUGUCCUUGGCUGAUUGCCCUCCAGACUUUGUGACCAGGCCUGAGGACUAUUCAAAUAUGCUCUUCAUCUGUCGCAUAGUGGAGUGGAAAGAAGACAGCAACUUUGCAACAGGGCAGUUGGCCAAAAGUCUUGGGCAGGCCGGGGAGAUUGAGCCGGAAACGGAAGGGAUCCUGACGGAGUAUGGGGUGGAUUUCUCUGACUUUCCCCCCGAAGCCCUGGAAUGUCUUCCCCAGAGCCUGCCCUGGAUUAUCUCUCCGGGAGAGCUGGCCAAAAGAAGAGAUUUAAGGAAAGAAUGCAUUUUCACCAUCGACCCAUCAACUGCCAAAGAUCUUGAUGAUGCUUUGUCCUGUAAACAACUCCCUGACGGGAACUUCGAAGUGGGUGUUCACAUCGCAGAUGUAAGCUACUUUGUACUGGAAGAAACAGCACUGGAUAAAGUAGCAAGUGAAAGAGCAACCAGUGUCUAUCUAGUGCAAAAGGUGAUCCCAAUGCUUCCCAAGCUGCUCUGUGAGGAGUUAUGCAGUCUCAAUCCCAUGCGAGACAGGCUGACGUUCUCUGUGAUGUGGAAGAUGACUCCAGAAGGCAAGAUCCUUGAUGAAUGGUUUGGGCGGACGGUCAUCUGCUCCUGCGUGAAGCUCAGCUACGACCACGCACAGAGUAUGAUUGAAAGCCCUGGGAAGGUGUUCUCACCUGAAGAACUACCCCCUGUGUCCCCUCAGCACUCAAUUGCUGAGAUCCAGCAAGCUGUGCUGAACCUGCAUGGAAUCGCCCAGCACCUCCGCAAGCAGCGCUUCAUCGAUGGUGCUCUGCGCUUGGACCAGCUGAAGCUCUCGUUUACCUUGGACCAGGAGAGUGGGAUGCCUCAAGGCUGUUAUAUCUAUCAGUACCGGGACAGCAACAAGCUGGUGGAAGAGUUCAUGCUGCUGGCAAACAUGGCCGUGGCCCAUCAGAUUUACCGCUCCUUCCCCGAGCAGGCCCUUCUUCGCCGCCACCCCCCACCCCAAACCAAGCUGCUCAAAGACCUCAUGGAGUUUUGCAACCAAGUUGGCCUCGACAUCGACUUCAGCAGCGCAGGGACCCUGCAUAAAAGCUUAAAUGAAACAUUUGGUGCUGACAAAUACUCCGAAGCCAGGAAAGAAGUGCUGACCAACAUGUUCUCCAGGCCCAUGCAGAUGGCUGUCUACUUCUGCACGGGUGUGCUGGGGGACGAGACCCUGUUCCGCCACUACGCGCUGAACGUGCCGUUCUACACGCACUUCACGUCGCCCAUCCGCCGCUACGCCGACGUCCUGGUGCACCGGCUCCUCUCCGCCUCGCUCGGUGCCAGCUCUCCCAUCAGGAUGGAGAAAGAGGCCAUCCAGAGACAGGCAGAUCACUGCAACGACCGGAAGAUGGCUUCCAAGAGGGUGCAGGAGCUCAGCGCUGACCUUUUCUUUGCCAUCUUCGUCAGGGAGUGUGGUCCUCUGGAGUCAGAGGCCAUGGUGAUGGGUGUCCUGAACGAGGCCUUUGAUGUCCUAGUGCUGAAGUUUGGAGUCCAGAAGCGCAUCUACUGCAAUGCGCUGCCCUUGCUGGGCUUCCACUUCCAAAAGGUGGGGAAGAAGCCAGAGCUGACACUCAUGUGGGAGCCGGAGGAGCUGGAGCAGGAAUCUGUGCGCCAGGUCAUCACCAUUUUCACGCUGGUGGAGGUGGUGCUGGCGUCGGACGGCGUCCCGCUCAAGUACAGCGCGGUGCUGAAGAGGCCCAGCGCGCCGUGAGCCGCGCCGUGAGGCUGCCGGGACGCGGCUCCCAGCAGCUGCGCUUCUGAAACCGACACCGUGUCGUUUCUGGUUUGAAUUUUAACUCGGGCCAGGAAGGGGGCUCAGGGCUGGGCCUGCCCCAGGCGGGGCAUUUGUGUCCUCGGGGGUUUUUAGCUUGAUGCGUUCGUGGUUUGGGGUUUUUAAGGUGUCUGGCCCGAGGCUGCGUGUCCCGGGAGGCAGACGGGCUGGCUCAGCCCCCCGGGUGGGAUGUGGUGCGAUGCAGUGGGAUGGAAGCCACGGGGCUGUGGACCAUGCAGGAGGGUUUCUUGCAGGGUUGUGUGUCAUGUAAUAAAAGCUGGGUCGGCA